GAUGGAAACAUCUAGAGGAAGAUUGAAGCAAAAAUAUUUAGAAAAUCCGCUGAAAAUUCUACUCAAAUCUCAUCGAAAAGGUGUUCUAAACUUGAAUAACUCUUCAAAGAGUAGUCAUUCGAUUCAUAGUGAGUGUUACGGACAUUAUAAACUGAAGAGAGAUGAUUCCUUUCCGAAUCUGACGUUCAGAGAAAAGACAUUGAAAGAAAGUACAAGUAAAUCACAAAUAAAUGCUGCAGUAUUAGCCAAAACUCGUGAUGAACAUAUAAUUAAAGAUUGCAUUGGUAAAGAAAAUGAAAUACAUCAUCAUUUAUACUCUAAGGAAAGAAAAAUGCAGAUCGACAGCGCAAUGUCCUGGUUACAAGAGCAGCUGAAUAAGAUGCAAGAAUACGAUAAAAUUCUCUCAAAAGAACUCAAUUCAAUUACAGAGAUGAUUAAAACAUUAAAAGAAGAUAAAAUAGUUGCUCCGUCCCCUAAAAGAUCAGACGAGAAAAAAAUUGAAAAAUUAAUGAAGCCUCCUCCCAGUUAUAAUUCUAUAAUGGAAGAAAGAGCGAAAGUAUUGAGAAAACAAACUCGGGAAAACGAAAAGCGUUCAACUCUUCAAUGCGAUCUUAUUGAUAAAGUUUAG